ACAGUAAAUAGGUAUUACUCGUAUAGACACAGACUAUCUACGAGUAUAGUGGAUCAAAAUUUAUACACUAUAGUGGAUAGUGUUUGGCUAAUAUCAAGUAUCAAGUAUAGAAAAGAGUGUGUAUUCAAGAUGCCUGUUGUUAUCAGCAAAGAACUGUUCUAUGAGAAGAUAAGCAAAGAACUGGACUGUCGUGUCAUACAUUAUUGGACAGAUAAUUGUGUACAAGGAGCUUUACCUGCGUUGCCUCAAGUGGCUAUUGGAGUUGCCAAAUUUUUCUUGCCUAUAUAUUUGUUAAGAAUGGCAAUCGACUACAGACGUAAAAAGAAAAAUAUAUUAAAGACAUUUGUGAUAAGGGAAUUACGAUCAAUCCUGUAUGGUGCAAGUUUGAGUCUUAUUAUAAUUUCUUCAAUUUGUCUAUUAGGAAAAAUAUGUGGAAGAAUUCACUAUUAUAACUUAUUACUCAUACCAGGAUUUUUGUCGGGUCUUGGAAUUCUCGUGGAAUCUGAUGAAAACCAAACUCUGGAUACUUUAAUUUUCUUCAAUUCGUUUAUUGAAACCAACUUGAAUGCUCUGAAAGUUAAUACGACUAAACAGGCAAUUCUUUUCGUCAUAUUUAGUGGAAUUUUAAUGCAACUUUUUGAAAAUAGAAAGGAAGAACUUAAUUUCAACUAUUGGUGGUUUUAUACUCCUCCUUUAAAGAAAAUAUCAAAUGAUAACCACCAAAAUAAAUGUUCUCAUGAGAAUAGUUGCAGAUUUUUUAUUACAAAUGGAGUCAAAAAUUAUUUUAUGUUAGGUGCUGGAAUAAAUAUCACCAAACGCCUAUUAGGAUCAUUUAAACUGCUAAUAAAAUCUCCCGCCAAACUGGUCAAUGUAGUCUUUCAUAAAUCAAAUGUGUAUUUUGGUCUCCUGAUUGCUGCUUACGUGGGAAUUUAUAGGGCUAUUACAUGUUACUUGAGACAAACCCAAUUAUUAAGUGAGAAAUGGCAUGGACUUCUCGCUGGAGCUAUAUCUGGUGUACCCUAUUGUUUUUACCCAACUAUUCAACUUCCAGUUUUAGCAAUUACUACAACAUUGCAGAUUUUUUAUCACAACCUUUGUAAACAUUACAAUAUAACUAACCACUUUUACCAAAGGUUAUUGUUGUAUCAAUGUGUGCAUGCCUGUAAUCUGCACACCAACUUUUUUUAUCCAAAUAUUAGUUCUCCGUAUUACAGUAAAAUGGUAGACGCCUGUACUAAUAGAUUAACUUCAAAAAUAUACGACCAGUUAGUAGAAAAAUAUUUUUUGUAAAAUAAAAACUAUAUUUUGA